AUGUCUAGAGGUGGUUUUAGGGGUGGAAGAGGAGGAGGUCGGGGAGGGAUGCCCCCAGGAGUGGGUUAUGGUUAUGGCCAGAUCUCGCAGACAGAGUGGAAAGAAGGUAUCAGCCGGAUAAAAGCUCAGUCUCAGAACAGGGGCGUUCUGUAUCCACCUCUGGAUAGCAAUUCGACGUCCUACCUCACCGCCCCAACAGAGCACGAGUCGAUGAUCCUCUCUCAUGAGAUUGCGCUUGAAACUACACUAUCAUCCGGCAAAUUACCCCAGAACGAUCCUGGAGCACAGAUCGUUCAGCCGGGACAGGUGCCGCCAUGGAGGAUAGCGAGCGAACGGAAAGUCGUUGGCAUUGAGAUAGAGUCGUACUCGGAUCGAUUCAAUGCCCCAGCACCUACCGGCUCUUCCAAGCUGGAUCCACUAGCUCUCAGGAUGGAUCAAGCCAUGUUCCCGCCGGCGCUCUGGAGUGCAUACUUUGACGGACAAGCCGACGAGGGCAAGCGGCCGAAGAAGAGAAGAAAGGUUGAUGAUCUAGAUGGAGACGACGACAAAGUGGAGGAGGAGUCACAAAUUACAGAAGAAGAAGAUUUCGAUUUCGACGAUGACGAGUCAGAUCAUCAAGAUUAUGAUGCCAACUACUUUGAUAAUGGCGAAGGAGAUGACGACGACGAAGGGGAUGAUGAAGGUGGAGAUGCGUACGAAGAUUAG